UUUUCUAUGUGUGGCAUUACUGCUCUUUAUACUUCACAGUUUGUGGAGGGCUUCAGCAAUAAUGAACAGCAAGCAUCCAUGAGGGCAUUACUCAGGCAUAAUGCACACAUUGAUGGCACUCAUUAUCAGAUGAAAACAGCCAGGGGUCUUCAUCUGUCUUACAUUGCAUUCAACCCUGCUGUGGAACAGACAGAUCAGAGGGUUCUUAUCCAGGAUGACCUCUUAGAAGCGACACUGCAGGAUGUUUUUGAUACAAUCACCAUGCAAGACCAUCUCAAUGGUGGCAUCUCCCUUCUGAUUUGUUGUGCUGGCAAUGAAGCAGGCCCCAACAUCUCACCAGAACAAGUGCCCAUCGACCUUUAUAUCACACCCCAUGAAUUGCAAGAAACUGGCCAGCACAUUGGUGCUGCCAAGAAUCACCAACAGCGUGUCUCUGGGUUGUGUUCAUCAAUCUGUGAUAUCAUGAACAGCAAGCUACAGGACCUUACCAGUAACAAUUGUGCCAAGAUGCAGUGGGUUCACUACUUCCACAAUGUUAUUCAAUGCUACCAAGUGGUGGUCGAAGGGUGGCCGAACAACAUUCCCUUCACCAACCUUAGUAAUAUAUCGAGUGCUAUUCCAGACCUUGAG